UUGUCGAUGCAUUGUAUCGUUGAACGUCACUAACGUCAGAGAGUCAGAGUUGCACAUGCACAUCUCUGUGUGUGGAGUCAUGCGUAGGGUUGUUCUCUAAUGAAAUCGAACAUUUUUUAAAAAAUCUUCGGUGCACUCAAAGUAUAUUAAGGAAAACGGUGCUAAGUGAAUUAAAAAUAACCAAAUAUUUCUAAGUAUAACAAAUCAAGUCGAGCGUGGGAUUGAAAGUUCGGUUUUUCUUUGCAACUUUAGCGAGACCUCGGAAUAACCUUUGUAAUCGUAAGAGAUUGUUGCGACAUGACUCUCAUGCGACAGCAGCAUUUGUCAUAGUGAAUUGACUUCCUCAAAAAAUUUCAUUUUUCAACACACUCAAUUUUCUCAAGGCUUAUUUUUCUGUUUUUUUUUCUCUUAAUUUCGUUGUGAAACGUACGAUUAAAAAGCGUAAACAUGAAGAAGAAGGUAUUACUUAUGGGUAAAAGUGGCUCGGGAAAAACUAGUAUGAGGAGCAUCAUUUUUGCGAAUUAUAUAGCUCGUGAUACUCGACGAUUGGGAGCAACAAUCGAUGUGGAGCACAGUCAUGUGAGAUUCCUGGGGAAUCUAGUACUGAAUCUAUGGGAUUGCGGAGGCCAAGAGGCAUUUAUGGAAAAUUACUUCGCAUCACAGCGGGACAACAUAUUUAGAAAUGUCGAAGUGCUGAUUUAUGUCUUCGAUGUGGAAUCACGUGAACUGGACAAAGACAUGCACUAUUAUCAGAGUUGUCUGGAGGCGAUACUCCAGAACAGCCCGGAAGCAAAAAUCUUUUGUCUCGUUCAUAAAAUGGAUCUUGUACAGGAAGAUCAACGAGAUAGUAUAUUCAGGGAGAGGGAAGAAGAUCUUAAAAGGCUGAGCCGACCCCUCGAGUGCACGUGUUUUCGAACUAGUAUCUGGGACGAAACUUUAUACAGAGCCUGGUCUUCCAUCGUUUACAUGCUGAUCCCGAAUGUGAAAGAAUUGGAACAGAGUCUGAAUCAAUUCGCAAACAUAAUCGACGCUGACGAAGUGUUGCUUUUCGAAAGAGCAACGUUUUUAGUAAUAAGCCAUUGUGAGAGGCGUGUACACAGGGACGUGCAUCGUUUUGAAAAAGUUUCCAACAUAAUUAAGCAGUUUAAGCUCAGCUGUAGCAAAUUGGCCUCACAAUUUCUUAGCAUGGAAGUUCGAAACACCAAUUUCGCCGCUUUCAUUGAUGUUUUUACGUCUAAUACUUACGUCAUGGUCAUUAUGUCGGAUCCGGAUAUUCCUUCGGCAGCAACCCUCAUAAACAUCCGAAACGCUCGUAAGCAUUUUGAAAAAUUGGAGAGAGCGAGUCAGAGCUCAGCGUUGAGUGGAUAGAAAUCGGCCCGACCCAGACGCAUCGACGCCCGGGUCCAAGCCAUGUAUUGGCCUUAAAGAAAUAUUGGAAACAAAAUACCUACCAAGAGUCUGAACUCCGCCCGCAUGGAGCGUUCGAAACGAAGUUAUGGGAACGUCUGCUGCCUAAAACGUGAUCCAGUGCACCAAACGACGGGGCAUAAGCAGUCGAGGGUCUUUGGGGGAAAGAUAAAUAUGUACACAUUUAGUUUUCAAGUUAAAAAUUCCCGUGAAUUUGGAUCCCUGAGCUCGAAGGCUUUUUUUUUCAUCGGGCAACUGAUGUGAGUUUUGAAAAUUAUAACAUCACGAGGUCGAUCGUUCUAGUCGAAAAAGGGGAAAAAUUUUGUCGUAUUUCCCCCGAAUAAUUCUGUGAAAAAGAUUUUUCAUUCGAGAUUAAACAAAAUGAGGUUCGACUUUUGACCAAAAUGAAUAAUUUUUCUCACUACUCUGCCCUUUCCAACGAAAUCUCUCUCUAAAUCUCAUCAACUCGGCAUCAACAUUUUUUUCCCUGUUGCCUUUUUCGAUCACGGUUUUCUUGUUGUUUUUAGCAUUUUUUCUGGCUCAGCCAAAUAUACUCGUAUUUUCCUACGCCUUUAUUGAGUAUUUUUUACACUUAUCGAUACAAGUAUUGGCAGAAAAAGAAAUAUUGUGUGAAGCUUUGAAUAUGAAUUACAAAAUAAAGAAUUAUCGCGUGUGUGCAGGAAUUCCAAAAAAUACGCAAUAGUUAAUGCAAUGGAAAAAUAAGUGAGGAUUGAACUGUAGCAAAAAAGAAAUUUUGUGUCAUGCAAAAUCGGCGAAAUUCAAUUAUUGUAUCUAUGUAUAUUCCACAGUUUAAACUCGUGGUAUUGUUGAAUAUGUAUUUUUUAAAAAAUAAACAUUUGAGGCUUUUUAUAGCCACAAUCGUA